GGAGAGACGGCUGCAAAGAGCUUUAAUGAAACAGCUCGGAGUUUCUGGCACGUCGUCCCUGAUGGAUAUACUGGGCUGCCUCUUACCUGCCUCCAUCCCAGCGCCUUCAGUAGCACUGAGCCUGGGAAACUCCCCAACCUCAGUUUCUCCACCAACAGGACCCCCUUUUUCUGAGCUGUCAUACCCAGGGAUCACACUGCAUUCCCCGGAGGACUCGACCACCUGUCGCGGGAACCGAACACCGCACUACCGAGGGGCACGGGACCCGCUGUCCUGCGGAGUUGGGGAAUCCACGCCCGCGCGGCCACGCCCACCCUCCCGCCCGGGCGGCCAGGUCUCGGGGCCGCAGACCGCUCCUCCGCGCCUACCUCCCGCGGGACCGAAGACCGCCGGUGCCGCCGCACCCGUCGCCGCCGCCGCUCGCUCAUGGAGAGCCCGGGCCGCCGCCGCCGUGGCCGCCGCAUCUACCAGCUCCUCCGGCUGCCUCGGCCAGCCCCGGCGAGCGUGCGGGCCUCCGGCACGGCCUCCAUCGCGCCCGCCGCGGCGGGAGCCACCGCAGCCGCAGCGCCCAGCCCCACCCGAGCGGCCCACGCAGCCGGGACCGCGGGGCGCGGCGCGUCGCUUGUUACGGAGCAGGAUUCCGCGGGCCACCCCCUCCCCCCCCAGCCCGGCCAGGCCAGCCCAGCCGCCAGCCGCGAGGCUGCGCAGGCGCGAAGGCCCCGCCCAGCGUGCGCGUGUCGGGUUGUGUACAGCCUUCGGACUUGCCCAAUCCGAGCCAGAAUCAAGUGUAGGAGGGCGGGUCCUGGCAGAGAGGGGCGGGGCCCCAGAGUGACAAGGUGACAAGCCAACAGUUCACGGACAAUCAGAGUGCAUCUAGUCUUAACCUCUUCUCAAGAGAGCUGCAAUGAAGAUUUUUGUGGAAGAAAAUAUGUACAUAGACACGUUGCCUUUGCUGUUGUGUGAGUGUCUGAACUACUUGAUCAUAUGGUAGAUGCAUGUUUAACUUAAAAAAAAAAGCCUACAAUAUCUUCCAAAGUAGAUGUGAGAUUGUGCAUUCCCACCAUGAAGGCUCUGCUUGCUCCACAUGCUCACCAGCAUUGAGUACUUAGAGGAUUUUCCCAAGGGAUGGUUGGGACAAUUAUGUGAAUUGCUACAUGUUAAAACAUAGACAGGUCAGAAUCUAGAGGGCAGAAGUGACAGUGGAGCUAGCUCUCAGUCUUCAGUAAAGUGGGGGAAAAGGACCCAUGGUUAAAACUUCAUGAGCCUCACAUGUGUUGCGGUAAGGAUGGACUUCAGAGCUAAAGGGAGAUGAAAGGUUAAGAUGACAGAAUCUGGAACAUGAAUAUGAGGGCUUAGAGUUGGGUAUGAAAAAGCCAAAGGAGACAGACAAGACGAGAAAGACAAGGCUCUGGGCUCCUGUUCUCAGGCUGCCUACCUGUCUGCCCCAUCCACCUCCCAAUGCCCAGGAAGAUACAGUAUCUAUAAUAGUAUCUAUGAGAUGCUAUUGAUUGUCCUUCCUAUACUCCUGCUUCUGCUGCAGGUAACUAAGGAUAGCAGGCAAGAAGCUCCCACUUAGGAGAUGGCCAGAGAGCACUUCACAGAAAGCUAAAUAGGAGAAAACCAAAACUGCAGGGACAUCUUUUGGGUUGCGAUAGGGUUCACUCUGUGCUGAUAAGGAAGGGAGAGUUGCACGGUGGUCAGGUGAGUGUGGAAACUAGGGGGACAUGGUCUAAUUAGCAGCAAGACACUCCCAAAGUUCACAGUGGCAAUUCCACAUCGGCCAUGGCUUCCAGCAAGCAGACGGUCAAGAACAGCAGCUGAUAAAACACACAUCAGAAGCGGACUGAGGAGGCUUCAUCCUCCCCUAACUGGGUAGGAGGCACAUGAAUAGCACUUGAUUAUCUUCCUGGUUGGGAGAGGAGAACACAUGAAGAGCAUGUGGGCUCUCCAUGGGCUUAACUCAUAAUAGCUCAGAGAACUAACCAGUCUUACACCAGUGACCUCAGCCUUUAUGCAGUUACUGCCUUAAUCAUUAUAAGAAGCACAGAAAAGGGAGUUUGGUGAGUUUUUCAGCAUUAAAAACCAUCCUACGAUGGGGAGCCCCUAUUAAUUUUUCUUCUUACCUUCCCUCCAUUUCUUACUUCUCUCUAAUUCUCCUUAAUAAAGUUUCCUUCACUCUGCACACUCCCAGGAAUAUCUAGUGUCUUUCAUCUUCAUUGGUAUGAGAGAAUGAACUCGGAACCCUCUGUCCCACUUUGACCUUCAGUGACAGUGAAUAUUCAUGCCCUGCUGCACCCUAAAUUCUUGGGUCUUGCAUGACUAGGCCAUGAAAGUUUCAUCAAAAUAAAAAAAUAAAUAAAAAUAUGAAAACUC